AUGGCUGCUCUUGGGGCUCAAUAUCGGCAUGAGCACCGCAAAGCGGUCAUGUUAUUCUACGCGGCUAAAGCAAUACUAAAGAAAGAAGUGAACGAGCGAGAAGCCAGAGCGCUCAACAUAAGAUACUCUUCGGGUCCAUAUACAAAUACAAGUACAGGCCAGAACACAUCUAGCGGCAAUGAGCUCCCUUAUAAUGAGCUUAUGUGUGAAACACGGUGUGCACUCUACCUUAUCGCAUUUGCAACAUGGCAGAGCGAACCAGAGAUAGUACGGGAAGCAUUCAAUCUUCAAAGCUUUCUAGCGAGAUGCGUCCGGGAGGGCGGACUAACGGAGAGCGAAGAGACCCCUCAAGCUGCUCCUCUCGACUGGCAUACAUGGAUUGAGCAAGAGACAAACAGACGACUUAAGCUAUUCUCUUUUGCUUGGCUCAACUUGCAAAGCAUCGCGUUCGGGGUACCUCCAAUAAUCCUAAUCGAUGAAGUUCAUCUUCGCCUUCCAUGUACCUGCAUCGAAUGGAUAUGUCCGAACCAGGAGAAAUUUUCAGCAAUCCGGUCUCAUGGUCACCAGGAGCAAAUGCUUUUCCCGGAUGCACUCGAUCAUUUAGGCAGAGGUGUGAUUUCAAAUACCUCUUUCUCGCAACCAAUUCCUUCACCUUUAGCAAACUAUAUCCUUCUCCACGCUCUCAUACAAAAGAUAGCGCUGACGCACCGGGCGAUCAGCUGGACCCUUGACCGUGGGAACGCUUUGUUAGUUGCUCUGAAAGAAAACAUGCGAGAUUCUCUCCGUGCGUGGACUUUCCAAUGGCAACGAGCCCCCGAAUCUAGUCUUGAUCCCCGAAACCCGAAUGGACCCGUUACUUUCACGUCAACUGCUCUGCUCGGUCUUGCAUACGUCCGACUCGCCUUUGACAUGUCCUCAUACAAAAUUCUGGAAUCUCGAAACCCUCAGGAAAUUGCCGCCCGACUUCUCAAUUUACCAGAUCUUCCUCACGGCCCCCACCUGCUUCCUGCGAUGCUCCAUGCAACCCACGCCUUGAGCAUACCCGUCAAGCUGGGAGUGGAUUUCGUUGCGCGAAGCCAUGCUUUUGUAUGGAGCAUUCAACAUUCUAUCUGCCUCUUGAUGAACACGAAACCCGAUCGAUAA